AUGGUUUUCGCUCCUUCAAUAUCACCUAAGGCUUGUGUCUUAUUCCUCGCCAUUUGCUGGUCCACGCAGGCGCAGAACUGCAUUCUCACCGUCCCUCCAAACCCACUGACAGCCAAAGGUCUAGCGACGCCGUACGUUGUCUCUGGAUGUAACCAAAUUGAUUUCGAAAACGAGGGAUCCUUUGUCGAGGCAGUUAUUUACAACCCAGCAAACCACCAGCUCUCUGUCUAUCAUCCACUCGUGGUAAAUGAAGGAUCCGUCCAAGGAACAGAUUACAUUCAACCCAUUAAACCCACUGUUGCUUCCGGCGCAACGGUGGGAAUUUGGUUUGGAAGUAAUGCAUUAACACUCACACUGACGGGGGCUACCAAUAAUUGCGUCAAUGGUCUUGAGAAUUCCAUUUUUGGUCAGUUUGCUCACUGCAACGGCGAUGUCUUUAUGAAGGCUGCAGCUGGGAGCAUUGGGGUCCCUUCUCCGGGUCAAGCUGCCGAUGGUACUCAAUGCCCUACUACUCGCGACUUUCGAGUGGUGGAUAUGGACCAGUCUGACAACGUGGAUACCACUUAUCUACUGAUCAACGGCAAAGUGCUAGCACAAAAUACAGCUGAAAACAAUAAAGCUAAUCCUGACGCUGAGGUUCUCAGCAAUGGCUCUGACAACGCCUUGAUCAAUGAUUUCAUCGCACCGGCAUUGGGUUGUAGCCCUUGGCAAGUCCAAUCUCCAACAGCACCGGGUGGCAUCUCAAGCUCACUUGCCACCAAUGAGUUACAGGCUAACUCUUUUCCACCACGUAACGGCCCAGCUCUUGUGCCCCUUAACGACGACUUUGCGUAUAUUAAUAAUAACGGCAUGAUUACCCAGUCUCUACAGAAAACCAAUCUGUACCGUGCCGGAGUUGGUCAGCCACUGGCGAAUAAUAUGGCAAAUGCAUCUGGUACAACAUAUUGCAAGAACUUUGCGGCAUCUGGAGUUUUUAUAGCCAACAAUCAGGAUAACUUUGCGAACAAAGCUAGCCCGAUGACUGCGGUUGCCACUAACCUGUACACCUUCUUAGCCCAACGUUUUGCUGCUGCCUUUGGCCCUCUUCCGGCCCUCGGUUGCACGACCAUCUUUGGAGUUGAUAAUCCAGUUACGCUGACGACUGACGGCAAUGGCGUGGUGACAGCAGCGGUCAUUAAUACAAAAACCUGCAAUAACAUUCUUCGGGGGCAAAUCCAACCUGGUUCCGGGGGCAAAAACCAGCUUUCUAGCGAUAUACAAGUUCAAAGUGUAACUACUUCAAUCAUAACACAAACUUCAUCACUUGCCGCAAAGUUUCAUACGUCUGUCAAACCAACGCACCGCAUGAGAACAUCACCAUCUACUUCAAAGUCCAGGCGUGCAGUGAAAACCUCUGAACCAGCCAGGCACAUCAGAUCCGGAGUCCCUGGAGAGUGGAGACGCAGACACAGGCUCAGCUGA